UUACUGUACAAUUAAUUACCUUUCUAUAAAAUCGCUGAAAUACUCUAUGUAAUAAAAAUUAAAGUUUCAUGUAUGUGUUUUAAAAAUUAACCGAAUUAAAUUACAUGUUAAUAGCUCCAGAAACUUAAUAUAUAUUAAUCAUAGACUUGGCAACUCUUUGCUGGUAACAUAUUACAAAAGGGAGAAUUGAGUUUUCAGUUUUACUUUUAGAAUUUACCAAAUCUAUCGUUUGCCAAUGAAGUUUACAAUUGAAAAACUAUAAAAAUAUUUGGCCAAAAGAUAAAAAAAGUCGCAAAAUAGCCUUUGGUAUCGGUACAUAUCCUGGCGAUGGAAGAAAAGGUUGAGAUCUCCCCUGGGCAGUCGAAAAAUCCCAUUGAUGCCCUGAGUAAAGAAGAAUUGAUUCAUAAAUAUAAGGGACUGUUAGGAAUCGCAAAAAAGGCAAAACAAGCCAAAGAUGAGUUUGCGGAAGAAAAUCGUAAAUUGAAAGAGGCGCUGAUGGAAAGUGAAACUCAGAAAGAAGCAGACAAGAAGGCGAUUCUGAUCAUGAAAGAGACUCUCGAGCAAUUUACGGAACAAAAACUCAAGCUAACAAGCGAGCUCUGUGAUCUUCAAAAGAAAAGUACAGCAGACGAAGAGGUCGUAAACAAAUUACGCAUCGAAAACGAGUCACUGCAGCGACAGUUAAAUAGACUUAAUGAUGACAAUGAAACGCUUUUGAAAGAUAUUGACCGCAUGGAAGAUCAACUAAAGCAAGUUAAUAUUUUGGGGCUGGAACAAAAAAAACAUUUGGGAUUGCUUGAACUUGAGGUAAAUAAGUUGAAGGAAGGAGAAAGUAUUAACACCGCUCUGCAGAGUACAGUAUCCGUUACCCAAGAAGAAAAUAAAGCACUCAAAGAGCACGAAAAUAGUGUUACACUGGCGUUAGAAGAACUCUCUCGAAAAUAUAGGCGAGCCAAAGAAAUCAACGCGGAACAGCGACUUAAGUUUAAUGCUUUGAAGGAUCGUUUUGUAGAAAUUCAUCGUAAGUUGAAAAAUCUAAAGGAAUGUAAACGCGUACUGCUGGAAACACAACACGAAUACGCAGAGGCUGUAUCAAAAUGGCAAAUCGAGAUAGUGGAGGCUUCUAAACUUAUAUUCGCUCAAAUUAAUGUACUGCAAAAAGAGAAUGAAGAUCUCCGACAACAAUUAAAAUCAAAUAAUGGAUUGAAUUAUGAGUCUACAUAUAAGCUAUCAACGGUGGAUAAUUUUAAAGUCGAAUCAUUCCAAACAAAGUUGCAUGAAUUAGAAAAGCUAUGCGAACGUGUGCGUCAGGAUUCACUGGCAAAAGACAAGCUUUUGUCAAAGGCACAUUUGAAAGAGCAGGAAUUACAAAAUAUUAUUGUUUCACUAAAUGACAAAAUCAAAGAACAAGAUAAUGACAAACAAAAAGAGGAGCAUAAUACAGAAGUAAAAUGCUUGAACCCAGAGAUGUCUGACUUAAAAACCCAGUUGAACGAAAGUGAACCUCGUUUGCAGGCUGGCGAAGUUAAUACCUUGUGUUCAAACCAUAAUGAAUUGUUAGUGCGCUUGGAUCCCUUAGAGACAGAGCGAAAUUCUUUAAUUGCGGAAUGCAAAAGAAUAGAGGAACUGCAAUUGGACAAGCAGCGUUUGCAAAUCGAAGUUGAUAAUUUUAAUAAAAAACUAUGUGAAACUAAUCAAGUACAUAAGGACUUACAGCAAAGUCGGGGUGAAGUGAAGCAGCUUGAAGAAGAAAAAUUUACGCUACUAGAACAAUUACAACAACAAGAAUGUGAAAAGCAUAAGUCAGAAGAGUCAACAAAAUUCACCGAAGAAAAUUAUAUGGAACUACAAAAACGAUAUUCACAAAUGGAGCGUGAACACGCUGAUUUACUCUGCGAAAUGCGCGAAUUAAAUGAAGCAUUGAAAGCACGAGGUGAUGUCAUUUCACGUCAACAAGAAAAGCAGCAGGAGCUUACCAAUGAACUGAAAAAAACCAACACAAAGUUGAAGCAAAUUGAUGAGAAACUUUUGCAAAAGGAUAUAGCUAUAGCAGAAAAGGAGGAGCAAGUACGUGAAAUAACACGAGAAAUCGAUUUGACUCGCCAACAGACACAUGAACUCGAAAUUGCUAGUAGUCGGAGCGAGGAGCAGCUGCGAGCCCUCAAUGAGGAGUUGCAAUCACUACGCAACAACGCUGAAGCGCAAAGUGAAGUACUCUCGACAUCUACAAUUUCACGAGCUGAAGAGCUAUCGCGAAUGCGCGAAAUCGACGAUACUUUCGAGGAGAAGUACAAUAAAAUGCGUGGCCUUGCAGUUAAACUGAAGAAAAGAUUGCAAGAACAAACUGGACAAUUGGCAGAAAUGGAGCAACAGCAGUCCGGCUAUGUUGCGAAGAAAGCGGAGUUAGAGGAGUUGUACAAGCAACUAAAAGUCAUGCAACGAGAGCAUGAAGACCAACAACAAACUAUAGAGUCACUAAAAACGGAGAAUCAAAAGUUAAAGUCAUCGCGUAAACAAGCAAAUGUGCUUAAUUUAGAAAUUGAAGCAGCGGAGAAAUCGCUUAUGGAAGCAACGACAAAGCUUGCAGCUAAAACUGGUGAACUAGAAACACUCAAUGCGCUCCUAUCCAACAAAGAACAUACCAUCACUCAAUUGCGCAAAGAAAUAGAAAUAGUUGAGUCGGCAAAAAUUGCGGAAGCCUCACAUGCGAAAGAACUAAAGGAACAAGUUGACCUAUUACAGGAGCAACUAAAGGAUGCGGUACAUGCCAAGCAGGUAACGAGUGAGGCCAGAAAGCUGCUGGAGCUAUCACAAGAAAGUCUUAAACAAGAACUCGAACAGAUCAAGCUAGAAAUAUCACAAUGCUCUGCUGAGAGCUCCGCUGCCUUGCUAUCGACACAAAAUGAAAAAGAGAAGUUGGAGCAGCGUUUACACCAAUCCGAAACGAAAUUGAGAGAAACGCAAACUAAAUUACAAAAUGUCGAAUGCUGCUUAAAUAGUUUGCGUACCGAACAUGCUGAAUACAAACAAAAGGCACAAGCCGUCUUGCGAAAACAACAGAAUACCGACACCACACGUGAGCGUGAACUAGCCGAGGAACUGACGCAUGCGCGAUCCAUCGAAGAGCAACAGCGACAAACGAUCACGACGCAAACCAAAAAACUAGUCGAACUUGAGCAACAAAUAGCAGACUUGUAUUUAGACAACGAGAAUCUGCAGAGCCGUACCCGAGCGCUAAGUGCUUUAGAGGACGAGUUGCGCCAACAAAAUGAACACUUAUUGCAAGAACAACGUUUGCAAUUGCAAAAACAUCAGGACACUCUGCGCACACACCGACUGCAAUUGGAAACAGCACAUGAGUGUCACGCACAGCAAAUGCAAGAAAUUCAAACAAAGUAUCAACAGCAAAUCGAUGAGCUUCGUGCAGUGCAGAGUCAAGCGGUGCGUGUACCGCCAACUAUAGGGGCAACUGAAGUACCAAACAUAAAUGCGUCCCUAAUCCAUGCACCCACAUACACUGAAUCGAGUUCAAAUCAGUUGCUAAUGCUUGCUGAACGUGAGGAUGCAGAGGGCUCAGAAGAGGCCAAUAUAGCAACCACCAGCAGUAAAGCUCAAGCAUUACGAAAGAUUUCCAGUAGUUCACGUCGCUCCCAACACGACUUUAUGCCGCUAGAUGAAUUGCUUAACACACCAAUGCAUGCCUUUCAAACAGACGUCGUUACCACUAUUGACAGCAAUAGCGUUGGUUGGAACGAAAGCGCCACAAACGAAUUAAAUAACGGCAAUAACAAUGCUGAGAGCUUACAUGUGGAACUACAUGUAACUCGAGAGUUGCUGACAAAGCAAGAGAGUCGUGUGCGUCAUCUUACAGCGCUUUUGGCUGAAAAUGAACAGGAUUUGGCAAAAUUGACACAGAUGAAUGAUAUGCUAAAGGAAGAGCUGCGACGACAAGAACGAGCCGUUGAACGUGAGCAGCAUAUGCACAAUGCGGAGUAUUUAAAGAACGUCGUGCUGAAGUUCCUUACACUAACAAAUGGUGACGAGCGUGUACGUCUAGUUCCGGUCCUUCAUACCAUAUUAAAACUGAGUCGUGAAGAAAAAGAUGUCUUAAACUGCGCGGCCAAAGGACAAAAAUUGCCCACUGAAACACAAGGACGUGGUUGGGGAAGCUUUUUACCACUUUUCGGAGGCGGUGGAAAUAAUAAUUGAAAUCGAAAAAGAAUUGUAUAGUAUAUUUUAAAGUAUUUGAGCUCGGGUAUCGAAACUACAGUAAAUACCCAAAACCCCACAAAACAUUGUCGACGAAAACACGCAAUUCAUAAUUAGUAGACCAUUCAUGUUUUUGUAAUUAUUCAAGCCAAUUUUAUUUGCUUUCAAAGUAUUUUUGUUUUCAUUUAUUUUACUUUGUGUCUGUGUCUAUAAAUGCAAUUUUUUAUAUUUUAAGUAUGUAUGUAUAUGUGUAUAUGCGAAAUUAUUAUGCAAUGCUAAAGAAAAUUAUUUAUCCUAGGCAAUUAUCGUUAAAUGUACAUACUUUAGGCAACAAAAAUUUUAUAUUUUACAUGCAUGCAUAUAUAAAAGCGGAGAACCUUACAAAUUAUAUAACGUAUUAUUUUUCAAAAAUAUUACUAAAAAUCAAAAGAGCCAGCCAAACAUUAUUCCAAUAUAUUGAAAAUUAAAUAAAUGUACCAAAUGUAAAUAAACUGUUAAAUCAUUAAAUGUUAUUAAAACUUUCGUAUAAAGUAGUGAAUAUGUGUAAAUAGUAAUGGACAUAAUAUAAACAUGUUAUUGCGUCAAUAAAAACGCUUAAAAUUGAUAUUGUGAAUGAGCUCCAUUUAUUCGCGCAUUUCAGAUUUACAAUGAUAAUAUGAAAAAAUAAAAAUAAAUAUCGUUAAUAUAAA